AUGUUGAACAAACAAGCAUCAGAAGGACUUUCAACUCUCGAUUAUCUAUGUUGUUACGUUGGAAGAUCUGUAACUAUUUGCCAGCCUUUACCAGAUCAGUUCAGUUUAUCAACUUGCUCAGAUAUUUUAUCACAUGGAGUACUACGAGUUUUCAUUUGGCUAAUUGGAGUCCUGUCCAUCAUUGGCAAUAUCGUUUCAAUUAUAUGGCAUACAAAUGGGAAAAACAAGGACUAUAUUAUUGUCAGAUCUUUAAUUAUUAAUCUGUCAACAGCAGAUUUGCUGAUGGGUAUUUACUUGACAACUAUCGCAUCAGCCAACAUCUACUUUUCUGGAGUCUAUGCUGAAUACCACGAAGUUUGGUUACGGAGUACAGUUUGCUCAAUAUGUUCUUUUCUAGUCUCAAUUUCUACUUUCGUGUCGACAUUGGUCAUUUUUCUUAUAACACUGGAUCGUUACUUAUAUUUAGUCUAUCCGUUUCAAAAUUAUCGUCUUUCCUACAGACAGAUAUUCAAUAUCUUCCUUAUUGUUUGGGCAAUUUCUGCCGUAUUUACAGGUUUACCAAUAAUUUAUGGUUUUAAUCAGACACCUAAUAAUCGUUUGCAUAGCGUUAAUGGGGCUUGUUUGCCCGGUAAUAUUAGCAAUCCUUAUCUAUUAUUAUGGCUUUUAUGUUAUUGCGGUGUAACAUUCUUGGCUUGGGCUAUCAUCAGCAUUAUGUAUUCUGGCAUUAUUAUUACAUUAGCAAAAUCUCGUCGCGAGGCAAAUGUUCAAAUUUCCAGAUUAGAUAAAAUAAUUGUAGCAAAGAUGAUUACUAUUGUAGCUACUGAUCUUAUAUGCUGGCUUCCGUUUUAUGCUAUUCUGAUUAUCGGCUUAAUCAACUCUGAGUUGGACACUCAUGUAUUGCCAUUUAUUGCUGUCUUAUCUUUACCGCUUAAUUCGUGUAUUAAUCCAAUAAUUUACACGAUGUUCACUCAAACAUUUUUAGAUCGUUCUAUUAGAAUUGUAAGAUCUCUUGGAAACUGCUGUGAUAAGGUAAAAUGGGCCAGUAGUAAAGAUUUACUUCAAGAUCGGUCUUACUAUCAAAUUGGAAAUCAGAAGACGAAAUGCCUUGAAAAAAUAUCUAUUGCUCGGACUGCUGCAGCAGAUUUUGUUUCAUCUAACUAUUUCAAAGUUAAACUCAUCUAUCAGAGCAAUAAAGAAAGCACAACUGCAUGGCUCAAGUAUUACAGUGAGAAAGAGGCUGGAGAUUGGAAGAAGGAGAAGCAGUUUUAUUGUCAUAUUAAACUACAAGAAAUGCGAGUAGAGAACAUACUACAAUGCCUUUGGGCAUUAGAGCGUCCUAAGUUUAAAAUAGAAAGCCAUAGAUUCAAGAUUCCAGCAAAAUUACAAAGUAAACGUCAAACCGGAAUAGUGCCAUAG